AUGCUAAGGGUGCCGUGUGGCAGCACAUGGAGCCUCCUGACGCGCAGCUCAGCUGCAGCGCAGGGACGGUUCCUGCGCCCAGGUGUUGACAAAGCCUGGAAAGAACUGACUAACAUCCUCUCCGGAAUAUUCUGUGCUUCUCUCAACUUCAUUGACUCGACCAACACGGUCACUCCAACGGCGUCCUUCAAACCCCUGGGCUUAGCAAACGGGACAGAUCACCGUCUCCUGCGAUACACCGUCCUGCCCCGGGAGGUCGUCUGCACAGAGAACCUCACGCCUUGGAAGAAGUUGCUCCCAUGUGGCUCAAAGGCUGGGCUUGCUGUGCUGCUGAAGGCUGAGCGCUUGUUCCACAGCAGCUACCACUCGCAGGCCGUGCACAUCCGCCCCAUCUGCAGGGAUGCCUCCUGCCUGGCUGUGUCCUGGGAGCUCAGACAGACCCUCACUGUGGUCUUUGACAGCUUUUGCAGCAGCCAAGGAAAGAAAGACUGGUCCCUCUUUAAGAUGUUCUCUCGCACACUUACCGACGCUUGUCCUCUAGCGUCAGAGAGCAAAGUCUACGUUGACAUCUCCCCUAAGAACAAGGAAAAGGAGUUACUGGAGGUGACCCCGGCUCCAACAUCAGUACACGAAGCUGUUGUCCAGGGAGACAAGAGAACCUAUGCUGUCUAUGACCUGCUGAGCCCCUCACUCUUCAAUACAUCUCGCAGCCUCAACGUGCAGCUGAAGUGGAAGCGGCCCCAAGACAGCUCGGAACUGCCAACACCCGUACUGCACGCUCAGCGCUACGUGAGCGGAUACGGGCUGCAGACCGGACAGAUCUGCACUCUCAUCUACAACACUCACCCGUACCGGGCCUUCCCCGUGAUGCUGCUGGAGACCGUGCCGUGGUAUCUGCGACUCUAUGUGCACACCUUGACUAUCACCACGAAGGGGAAGGAAAACAAACCGAGUUACAUCCACUACGAGCCAGCCCAGGACCGGAGGCGGCCUCACCUCUUGGAAAUGCUGAUCCAGCUGCCAGCCAGCUCUGUCACCAAGAUCACAAUCCAGUUUGAGAGGGCCUUAUUGAAGUGGACAGAGUACACACCUGACCCCAAUCACGGCUUUUACGUUGGUUCAUCUGUGCUCAGUGCCCUGUUGCCCAGCGUCAUUGCGAUGAAGGACGUGGAUGUGGAGCAGAGCCCUCUCUUCACCUCGCUGUUUCCUUCCUCUGAUGGCUCCAGCUAUUUUGUGCGCCUGUACACGGAGCCGCUGCUGGUGAACUUGCCGACGCCAGACUUCAGCAUGCCCUAUAACGUCAUCUGCCUGACCUGCACCGUGGUGGCCGUGUGCUAUGGCUCCUUCUACAACCUGCUGACCAGAACGUUUCAGGGCGGGGGCGGGCUGGCCAAGCGGCUGGCCAACAUCAUUCGCAGGUUCAGGGGGGUGCCCCCCCUCUGA